AUGUUUCCUACACUCCGUGUCCGCUCCUUCUCUCCCCCCUUCCCCCCACAACAACAGGAGGACCAGAUCUUGUUGCGGAUGGUGCGGAAGCUAGGCGGGCGGCACUGGAACAAGGUCGCGGAGAAGGUUCCGGGAAGGAGCGCCAAGAGCUGCCGGCUGCGGUGGUGCAACCAGCUGGACCCAACUGUGAAGCGCGGUGCUUUUAGCGAAGAGGAGGAUGUGAUUCUAGCGGAGGCGCACGCGCGGCACGGGAAUAAGUGGGCGCGGAUCGCUAGGUAUCUGCCUGGGCGCACGGACAACGCGAUUAAGAACCACUGGAACUCCACUCUUAGACGGAAACGGCUGGGUGGCGAGCCUGCUGGUGCUGCUGAUGGUGGUGCUGCUGAUGGUGGUGCUACUGAACUGGUCGCGAGGUACCUCCCUGGGCGCACGGACAACGCGAUUAAGAACCACUGGAACUCGACGCUUAGACGGAAACGGGUGGGUGGUGGGACUGGCGGUGCUGCUGCUGAGGCGUGCAAGGAAGAGGUCAACGCGAUUACGGACCACUGGAGCUCCACUCUUAGACGGAAACGGCUGGGUGGUGGGGCGAUUUGCGAGGCACCACAACCCCCUUCGCCUGAUUUGGCUUCCCUUCUCGCCCUCCUCCAUCCCCUCAUGCCUUCCCAAUCCGCGCCCCCCUCUGCUCCUCCCCUUGCUCCGCCACCUGCCUUCCGAGAACCUUCCUCUGAGUUUGUUAGCAGACAGGAAGACUUGCAUCAAGAGAAUAGGGAACAUAGGGACUACCAUUAUGAUAACCAUUGGCAUCAGCAGCAAGCCGAAGAGCAAGCGGAGCAGCUGGAGCCGAAAGUGCAGCCGCCACCGCAGCAAGUGCAGCAACAAGUGCAGCAGAAGCAGCAUGAGCAGCAUGAGCAGCAUGAGCAGCAUGAGCAGCAUGAGCAGCAUGAGCUGCAAGUGCAACGCAGGCACAGCCAGCGCUAUUUAAUCACUGAGCUCGAGGCUGACCUUGGCCUGUCCCCGUCCGACUUCAGACACUCCCCAACCGACUUCAGACACUCCCCAGCCGACUUCAGACACUCCCCAACCGACUUCAGACACUCCCCAACCGACUUCAGACACUCCCCAACCGACUUCAGACACUCCCCAACCGACUUCAGACACUCCCUAACCGACUUCAGACACUCCCCAACCGACUUCAGACACUCCCCAACCGACUUCAGACACUCCCCAACCGACCUCCGCCCCUCUCCGGCCGAACUUCACCACUCUCCAUCCGACCUCACCCUUCCACCUUCCAGCGUUGAACUUCUACCAACCACGCUCGACCUUCCACUCGCUGAUAUGCCCUUUGAAGUUCCAACGUUAGGCUUCACGUGCCAAGUAGUGAGCGAUGAGGACCACUGUACUGCGGUUGCGAUGGGUGUAGAGGGGUUUGGUCUUGAGGCAACACAAAACCAGUGUGAUGUAGGUCGGUUGGGUAAAGAGGGGUUGGAAGCGGUGCAGCCAGUGGGAAGUGUAGUUGGGGAGGUUUCGGCAAAUAGAGCGGGUACGGAAGAGAGCGAGCAUGAGGAGGAGUGUGAGUGUGAGGAGUGUGCUUGUAACGAGGAGAAUGAGAUAGAGCUGCCUGAGGAGGGUGAGAAGCGUGGCCUUGAUGCUGUGUCGGGUGACAAGGAGUAUGACAAUGCCAGGCGUGACAAUGGGGGGUGUGACUAUGACCCAGACUGGGCAGAUGUAAUGGAGGGCGUGGAUCUGCUGCCAGACAGGCUGUCAGAGGAAAUCAACGGUGCUACUGAUGAUGAUGAUGAGCAGUUGGUUCCCAUGGCACAAAUUGCAAAGACUUGUUCCCUGCGAAGCUGCGGUGGGGAGCAACUUAGCCCUGACACCAGCUGCGCGAGUCAAGUGCCCCCCGAAAAGGUAAGCUGUCUGCUGCAGCAGGUGAACUGCCUGGUGACGUUUGAGUCGACUCACAAGUCACCUAGCCGUGCCACCAACAACACCAGCUGCACCAGUCAACUGUCCCCUGAGAAGGUAAGCUGUCUACUGCAGCAGGUGGACUGCCUGCUGGCUGUGCUGCGAGCUGCCAAGAGCUCCCCCUCUACCCGCUUAUCCCCUCUAGCCACCUGCCACCAGUAG